CCCAAGGUGCCUUCCCGACUCCUAAAGCCACACUUAUUAUAUAGUCGUCUUUCUUCUCAACAACUCUCCAAUUUAGUAAUACGCAGUGUUGUGCUCUCCGAUGGCCAUGGAUAUCGAAUUCAAAGACUACCAACUGCGCUGCGAGCUCCGCGGCCACGAAGACGACGUCCGUGGAAUUUGCGUGUGCGGCAAUGCCGGUAUAGCUACUUCUUCGCGUGAUCGGACCGUUAGGUUAUGGUCCCUCGACCCUUCCGACGACCGCCGGUACGCGCCGGAGAGGAUUCUGCUGGGACACACGAGCUUCGUUGGCCCUGUGGUGUGGAUUGAGCCCGAUGAAGAGUUUCCGGCAGGCCGAAUUGCGUCCGGCGGUAUGGACACUAUGGUGUUGGUGUGGGACUUGAAGACUGGGGAGAAGGUCCAGACUCUCAAGGGACAUCAGUUGCAGGUCUCCGGCGUCGCUUUCGAUAAUGGUGACAUUGUUUCUUCCUCUGUGGACAAUACUUUAAAAAGGUGGAGGAAUGGCCAACCGGUUGAAUCUUGGGAGGCUCAUAAGUCGGCCAUUCAAGCAGUUAUAAAGCUUCCUUCCGGCGAGCUUGUCACUGGUUCAAGUGAUACUACUUUAAAACUUUGGAGAGGAACUACGUGCACUCACACGUUUGUUGGGCAUACAGAUACGGUUAGAGGCUUGGCAAUGAUGUCUGGAUUGGGAGUUCUUUCUGCUUCACAUGAUGGUUCUGUCAGGUUAUGGGCUUUAACUGGUGAAGUUUUAAUGGAGAUGGUUGGUCAUACAUCUAUUGUCUAUUCAGUUGACUCACAUGGUUCUGGACUGAUAGUCAGUAGUAGUGAAGAUUGUUCUGCCAAGAUAUGGAAAGAUGGCGUUUGUGUCCAAAGCAUAGAACAUCCUGGUUGUGUUUGGGAUGCAAAGUUCUUGGACAAUGGAGAUAUUGUGACAGCAUGUUCUGACGGAGUCGUGCGUAUCUGGACAAUUAACCAGGAUAAAAUUGCUGACGCUCAUGAUCUUGAGUCAUAUUUCUCCCAAUUGACUCAGCAAAAAAUUAGCAGGAAGAGGGUCGGAGGAUUGAAAUUGGAAGAUUUACCUGGGCUAGAGGCUUUACAGAUUCCAGGAACCAGUGAUGGCCAGACUAAGAUUGUCAGAGAGGGGGACAAUGGUGUGGCAUACGCCUGGAAUGUCAGAGAACAGAAGUGGGAUAAAAUUGGGGAAGUUGUUGAUGGGCCAGAUGACAGUAUGAAGCGGCCUAGUCUUGAUGGAAGUGAAUACGAUUAUGUGUUUGAUGUCGACAUUGGAGAUGGUGAGCCUGUACGGAAGUUGCCUUACAAUCGAUCAGAUAAUCCGUAUGACACUGCUGACAAGUGGCUUCUGAAGGAGAAUCUUCCUCUUUCCUACCGUGAACAGGUGGUAGCAUUCAUCCUCCAAAAUACUGGACAUAAAGAUAUUACACUUGAUCCAACAUUUCGUGAUCCCUACACUGGGGCUAGUGCUUAUGUGCCAGGACAGUCUUCAAGCAAGUCUGGUUCUGCGAAACCUACUUUCAAACAUAUUCCUAAGAAAGGAAUGCUUGUUUUUGAUGUGGCUCAGUUUGAUGGGAUUCUCAAGAAACUUACAGAGUUCAACAAUAAUCUACUCUCUGACCAGGAAAAGAGCAACUUGUCUUUAAACGAAGUUGAGGUUUCCAGGUUGGAUGCUAUCGUUAAAGUACUAAAGGACACAUCACAUUAUCAUUCUAGUAAAUUUGCAGAAAGUGACAUUGCUUUGCUGCUGAGAUUGCUAAAAUCGUGGCCAGUUACAAUGUUAUUUCCAGUUAUUGAUACCUUGAGGAUGAUUGUCCUACACCCUGAUGGAGCAAGGCUUGUUCAACAGCAUGUUAGAGCUGAAGAUGAUUUACUAUGGGAAAUGAUAAAAAAUGUCUCGAUGAAUCAUUCUGUUCCUGCGAACCUCUUGACAAGUGUUCGUGUAGUAACAAACCUCUUCAAGAACUCAAGCUUCCACCACUGGUUACAACUGCAUCGCAGUGAGAUUCUAGAUGUGUAUUCAAGCUGUUAUUCAUCUCCAAAUAAGAACUUACAGUUAUCAUAUGCAACACUGAUACUCAAUUAUGCUGUUCUGUUAAUUGAUACCAAGGACCGGGAAGGUCAAUCACAGGUUCUUUCAGCUGCACUUCAGAUUGCCGAAGAGGAAAAUCUGGAAACUGAUGCAAAAUUCCGAGCUUUAGUUGCCAUUGGAUCACUGAUGCUCGACGGUUCUGUAAAACAGAUAGCUAUCGACUUUGAUGUUGAGAACAUUGCAAAAAUAGCAAAGGCUUCUAAAGAGACAAAAAUUGCUGAAGUUGGGGUUGACAUUGAAGUAUUAACAAAACAGAGCUGAAACUGGAGUCCCCUGCUAAAUGAUAUUUCUGGGCUGUGGAAUCGGGACAGUGGAAGAAGAAUAAUUGUUUCGAACAACACAGAAUUAGGAGGCAUUUAUCUUUGACAAGCCGGCCGCUUUUCUUUUUUGAACAGUUUUAGCAGAAUAUAUGAGAAUAUCUGUGAGGGCGUCAAUUGUGGCAUAUAAACUUGUUGAAUGAGAGCAGAAAACAUGCUAUCAAGGCCUCAAAAUGUAUCUU